UGUGCUGUCUCAGCUUUUUUAUUGUUCACAGGAGCUAGCUAGACAAGUCUAGAGUAGAAGUUAAAGAUGUCAACCAUCACCUCAAAGAAAGAGGUAAAGACUAUCUGGGACAUUCCACUGGAGAGUUUGUAUUCUCUUGUGACUGACUUCUACAAGAAAGAGAAGGACACUAUAGUGCUGGACUAUGAGCAGAAGAUCAGGUUGUUGGCGUUCUUCAAGCAAGAAAAGCUCGGCCCGUUUAGUUCCGAUAAAGACAGUGAUACUGGCUACUUUGACGUUGUCGGCUCACACAGAAGGAAAGCGUGGAUCUCCCUGAGAGACAUGAGUAACGAGGAGGCCAGACAAGGACUUAUCAAACUAUUGGACGCAGCCACCCCGAGGCUAAAGGACUAUGCCCUACAACGCUGGAGGGAGGAGCAACGGCAACUGGAGAAGGAGAACUGUCAAGAUCAGAGGGAGGAGAAAAUCACGCAAUCAGCACCCACCCCCCCUAAACCUGUGGCCAUGAAGAGUGUACUGGCACCAGCUGCACUAUGGUGUACUCCCAAAGCCGCUCGGGACUUUAUCAGUCAAAUCAGCACAUCACCUGAUCACAGAGUGGAGGUUGGACCGGGGGAAGCUCUCACAAUACAAGUGCCCACCAGCACCAAAGCAUCGGCCAUUUUCUGGGAGUUUGUGACUGAGAAAGAGGACAUUGGAUUUGGCCUGCGUUAUCAGCGAUCUCCGGGGGAGGGCGUUGCAACGUAUCCAGUAGACCAGCUGCUCCCGGUGACAAAGAGAGACUGCUCUGAAGACUUGAUACUAGGCAGCCAUCAGUAUAUGACUCAGGGAACAUACAUGCUUCAGUUUGAUAACUCUCAUUGUACUAGCUGUAAGAUAGUGUAUUACAAAGUGUUCUAUCAAACCUCUACACCAAGCCAAUAGCUCUAACACAUGUACAUUAUGUAUCAAAUGAAUAUCUCUUUUGUUGAA